GGAGAACAGUGGUUAUUAUUGCAGAACAAUAGUGAACCUGGUGAUUGAUCAUAAUAUGGAUUUACAGUGAUACGGAUAACUUUUACUACUGAAUAGCUAAUUCAUAAAUUGAGAUUGAUAAAUUGAAAAUUUUAGUAAAAAUUUUUGAAGGAAUUACAACAAAAAAAUUGUGGGAAAUAUGAUGGUGAAAAAAUUGUUAAUUAUUGUUAUAUUCAUUUAUCCCAACAUUCAUUCAAUCUUCUGCGAGAUGAAGAAGUCCUGGAUCAAAACAACAGAAAGCCAAAUUUUUAACUCCUCAACAACUGCCAAUAUCAUUCAAGAAGCCAAUACGGAAAGCACCUUCAAUACAUCAGAACCAAAAGUUGAUACUGAAAAAUCUUUUAAUAAAACAGAAUCAGAAGUUAAUACAGAAAGGACCUCUACUUCAUCUGAAUUAGAAAUAAGCACUGAAAGUACUUUAAGCAGAUCAGACUCAACAACUUCCCGGAAGACAAACUCACUGAAAUUCAGUAAUAACUCCACGAAAAUCAAUGAUAAGAUUAGUAAAGUUGAGACGACUGUAGCUGGAUUUCAGAGUCAUAAAUACAAGAGCACAUACGUGGGUAAUAUCACAAAGCCAGAAACAAUUAAGGUGAAUCCCAAAUUGGGCAAAUCAAAGGCCAAGAAGCACCACCAAACUCACCGGAAGUAUGAAUUCUUCGGAGAUGAUCUUCCGCGCUACAGUUUGGGUCCAGGCGUAAAGAUCAGUAUUGACAUGCCUCGGGAAAUUGUAAAUGUUAAUCUCGAUGAAGACUACCUCAGGGACAUUUUUGCAGGUGGGCUAGGUCGCGGAAAACGUCUCCAAUUGAUUGCCAGGAUUAUCCCUUUGUUCAUUUUACCUUUUCUGGUUCAAUCAGCCAUCCUCCCCUUUAUGGUGUCCACUUUGAAGAUCCUUCUGAUAAAAUCAAUCGUCGUGGGAAAAAUUGCCAUUCUCUUACUCAUUCUAUCAGCCUUUAAGAACUACCAUCGACAUCAUGCAGCUUAUGAAGUGCCUUAUUACAAUCUCGUGGAACCUCCAAGCAGGAGAUCUGAACAACCCUUCUAUGGGUACAAAGUUGAUGGACAAACAGGUUGGGUUAACUAAAAUCCAAUCAUAUAAAACUCAUGUAAAUAGAAGAAAAUAAUCGUUUCUGUAGUAGCUGUUAAUGUCUCAAUUUUUAAAGAUAAGAGUUUAGGAUUGUUGUAACUCAGCCAACAUCAAUAAAGUGUUCAUUAUGCUGUUC